UUCAAUACUUCGAAUAAAAAUUCAAACAUGGCUGUGAAAGUUGCAUUGUGUUUUGUUUUAGUGGUUGCUUUAACAUCAGCCUUACCAGCUCAGCCAGGCAAUGGCUGGGCAUGGGGCGGUGGUGGUGUCAACCCAUGGAUACCACCAUGGGUGUCCGCCGCGCCUUGGUACCCGCAAUGGGCGCCUUGCACUACCAUAGGCAGCACAUGCCUGGACUGCAACACUAAGAUGGUGUGCACCAAGAUCGGUGGUAUACAACGUCCCUGCAGCGACCCUACCUUACCUUAUUGCAACUUAGGCGAAUGUUCUGCAACUCCGUCUGAAGAUUGCACCCCUGAAGAACAAGCGAAAGGCGCGGAACAAUCUGUGUAAAUAACCUUCACUCGUUUUUGGACCG